UUAAACAGUAGGCAGUCUAUAAGUUGAUAGGGUGUUGUGUAGGUUUGUGAUGUUUCAAUCAAAUAAGUUAUACUUAUGGUGAUGUGUUAUAUUACCAUGCUUAUUUUAUAAGUAUGAUCUUUUAAAGAAGAAAAAAAAGUGUUGGGAAAAUAUGAAAUAUUAAUUACUUACAAUCUAUACAGUAUGUUAAAUAAAUGUAUUUAUAAAUAAUAUAAUAAUUUAAUAAAAAUGGGGCCACCACCGGUAGUCACGGGAAUAUCUCCGAAAGAAGGUCCACCUGGAACUCGUGUAAUAGUACGUGGAGAAUUCUUGGGUACUAAGGCUCCAGAUUUAAUAGGGUUGACAAUUUGUGGCUGUGAUUGUUUAUUAUCUGCUGAAUGGAAAUCAUCAAACAAAAUUAUUGCUAGAUCAGGUCCGUGUAAAGGCCUUGGUAAUAUUAUAGUAACGACUCGUAGUGGAGGUCAAGGAACAUCAACUGUACAAUUUCGUGGUUAUCAUGAAACCAUAGGACCUAUGAAAGAAUCUGCAGUAUGGGUAGACGAAGCACCAAUGCAGAGCUUUGCUUGGGGUAGAAGAGCAUUAUCGCCAACUAAUUAUCUACAAGAGGAUCCUCUGGGUUUAAGCGUAGAAGGAAAUAAUAAGAAGUUUCCUGAUGAUGAAUUAAUGGAAUUAUUUGGAGAUGCCACCGACGAUCUCACCAGUGAAAAAUUUCACCCAGGUUGGUUUUUAUUGAAACAUUAUCAUGCUAUAACAUUGGAAGACUUGAAACUAGGCUUAACUUUCCUUAAGAGAAAAGUAAAUUCACAAAAAGAAGGACAAUUGUCUUUUUUGAAGGCCAAUGUAGGAUCGGUAAUGGAACAACUUGAUACAGUAAUGCUUCUUAAAGAGCAGUUUGAAUCCGAUAUGAAAAAUUAUGGAACUGAUCCCAUUGAACAACUUGAAAAAGCUAUUAAACAAUCAAUAUCGGAAGCCAAUAAAUUAUUUGACGAAGUUUUAGCGAGAAGAGAUAGAGCAGAUGCUACCAGAAAUGUUUUGACCGUUAUGCAGCGCUAUAAAUUUCUUUUUUGUAUGCCAAUUAAUAUGGAAAGAAAUAUAGAGCGUGGAAAUUAUGAUCUGGCAAUUAACGAUUACGCAAGGGUUAAAAAUUUAUUUAGAAACACUGAAGUGGAAGUAUUUAAAAUAGUAUUAGCAGAAAUAGAAAACAGAAUAACAACUCUUAAAGCAUUAUUAAGAAAGAAGCUUGAAGAAAUGCCAUUUAGUUUAGAAGAACAUAAAAAAAUAAUUAGAAAUCUUGUUAAUCUCGAAACAGAGGCUGAUGUAGGCUGGGAUGCCAUAAUUUCUCAUGCUAAUUGUUUGAAUAAAAGUAUAAAUGCUUGCGUACAAGAGCAUUUAGAAAUUAAAAAUACAAUUUUGGAGGAUUCUGGUAAAACUUCUAAACACGUACCGAUCACAGGAAAAUUUUUAAAUGAUAAAAAUAAUACAUCGGUACAAGUAUCAUGCAUUCAAGCUAUUUAUGAUAUAUUAAUUCAACAGUUGCCUAAUUUAUGGAGAUUAGGACAAAGUUAUUUUAGCGGGCAGUUGCAUGUUGCGGUAGAUGUUGAGAAACAAAUUCCUUUUAAGAACUUGGUUUUAUCAAGCAUGCAACAUACCGUAGAAAUUAUUAAAAAUAUAUGUCACAAAGACAUAGAAGCGUCAUCGCUUUUACAUAUUUUACAUUGCAUCAGACAGAUGUAUGCAUCUUUAAUUCAUUUAGAUUUACCGAGCGAUGCCCUUGAUAUUUUUGGAAAAUUUAUCUUCGAUUUAAGAUUACAAUGUUUCAUAGCCUUAUUCAAAAAAACGGCGGAAAAUAUAGCAGCUCUACAUAAAAAAGAAACUUGGCAAAUGGAAUAUUUAAAUGAGAAUUGUGGAGUUACAAAACUGCCAUAUCUAUUUGAAGAAAUGGUAUUUGAGUUAACAAAAUGUGCACGAGCUACAGUAGUUGCUUGCGGUCCUAGAGAAAAUGCAUUAUUUGCUGAUUCAUCAUGUCAAAUGAUCUUUUAUGAUGCCGUUCAAGCUUUAUUUACAUCAUUUACACGAUGUUUAGAAAAAUCAGUUUUUAAUGUUUGCCAAGUUGCUUAUGAUGAUGAAGAAGAGCCAUUGGGUUUUCAACUAAUCGGAUCGCCUUCUGGUUAUAAAAAUAAAAAUAAUGAACAUCAAGGGCCUAUAUGGGAACAGUGUCUUUUAAUAACAUUGAGUAAUAUACGUUACACAUUAAAUAUUGUUCUGCCGAAAAUAAAAGAUACGUUAGAAGCUCAAGGUUAUCCAGAUUUAUUUAAUGACAUCGGUUGGAAUGUUAAUCGGGGACAAUUGGAAAUUCUCGAUAAUGAUAUUUUGGAGGCCUAUUUAGACAAACGGUGCGAUCCACUUGUUGGAACGAUCGAGCCUAGUAUGUAUUUGGGCGGUUUAGAAUGGGAUUUUGAUAUACAGCCAACUCAUGUUAAACCAUACGUCCAGGAGAUAUUAGCUAAUUUAAUAGCAGUUCAUGCAGAGGUUCAUCAAGUUGCCCCAGUUCUUUUAAAAAGAGUUCUCUCUCAUAUUGUUGAAACAAUAGCAGAAGAACUUGCACGGCUUAUGUCAUAUGUAACAGAGUUUAGUUCUGCUGGUAUUAUACAAGCAAGAACUGAUAUUACGCUUUUAAAAAAUACUUUAUUACAUUACAGUACUGAUAGAGCUAGAAGUUUUUAUGAAGAAGCUCUUGAUGCUAUACCACAACCAAAAAAUAACGCAGAUGCUAUACGUAUUGAUGCUUUACUGUUAAAAGUUACAACAUCUAUGCGAUUGCAAUUAUCCUGUCUUGUAAAUGAUACAACUGAUGAUACUGUAAGCACAAUUGAUAAUAAUCGUGUAACUACUGUAUAACUAGAAUUAUAAAAAUGUUGAUCAAAUUAUAAUCAUUAAUUUAUUAAAUUUAUUAAGUUUAAGUUAAGUAUUUUACUGAAUCAUGAGUUUAUGUUUCUUAUACAGUUUUGAUUAUA